CCAGAUGAUGCUGCGUACCAUUUUUCUAAAGGACACUGUAGGUGUGUUCCAUGUGUAGAAUCAACAAAGUUGCGCAAACGCUGCGUUUUCAGGCAAGCUUAAUCGAACGCGAAGCAAUACACAUUGACAACAAAUUCGGGCUUCAGCUGUUUGGCUGAUCUUAUGGACCGCUUGGCAUCUUUUGGAAGUAAGUGUUGGCUAAAAUGCACAGUUGAAUACAGCGUACAAACACGGCUUAAAAAGAGUUUGCAUAAGAUAUCGUUAUCCAUCUAACUAGCUUACUGCUCAGCUCGUCGCGCUACAUAGCUAGCUAACGUUAGCUAGCUAGAAGGCAACACAGCUAAGCUAGCUAACAAUUAGCUUAGAGUUAGCCAUCUAGCUAAACUAUAUGUAUCAUUUUCUUUCACGUAGCUAAUCGAUUCAACCAGCUAGCUAACUAAUCCAUCACUUAAUUGUCCGCUAGCUUCCGACUUGAAGUACCUAGGUAGCUACGUUAUCUCGCUAACUCUGUUGUUAGCUACUGCUAAACAUUACAUUUUACAUUUUAGUCAUUUAGCAGACGCUCUUAUCCAGAGCGACUUACAGUUAGUGAGUGCAUAUAUUAUUAUUAUUAUUAUUUCAUUCUGGACCCUGUGGGAAACCUGUGAUGCUGGCUUUAAAUCUGACCAAUAACACAGAUUUUAACAGAGGAUUUCUAGUAACUCAAGUCUGUACGUAUCGUUACCAGUAGAAUUGGCACGUUUUGCGACAUUACUCUGACUUAUUUUCAGAUGACCCUUCUGACAAGCCCCCAUGUCGAGGUUGCUCAUCUAACCUGGUGGAACCCUACAUAAAAUGUGCAGAGUGUGGACCCUCACCUUUCCUUCUCUGUCUCCAGGUGAGGGGCGCACAUUGCUUCCUCGGGCAUGCGCAUAAAACCGUUGAUACAUUUUGCCUAGCUUGGUAACUUUGCAUCUCUACUGACACUAGAAUUGGUUUAUUCAAAUAUGUUUCAGUGUUUUACCAGAGGGUUUGAGUUCAAGAAACAUGAGAGUAAUCACAAGUAUGAAAUCAUGGUAAGAUAUUGGUGUUAAUUGUGCUGUCAUCUGAUUAACGCAUAUUUAUAUAUAAUAUUGACUCUUCAGUUAUCCAUUAUUUACCAAAAGUAUGCUUCUGGCAAAACAAUAGUGACCAUGCUCAAUACCAUGCCUCCUCCCUCACACAGACGUCAGACUUCCCUGUGCUUGAACCUGGCUGGACAGCACAGGAGGAAAUAGCCCUGCUGGAAGCAGUCAUGGACUGUGGCUUUGGGAACUGGGAAGUAGACACGUAGACACACACACUCUAUCUGACUAUCUCAAGUGUCAUAUAUUACAAACUUGCAGACUAGAGGCCAUUUGCAGUCUGUGAUUUGUUUCGUAGCAGCCCUCACUUUCACUGUCUGCCAAUAUCAAAAUAAACAUGUUCAAAUUGAUAACAAAAACAUAACUGUCACUUUCCCAUUUGACUCUGCACAGGCAGGAUGUGGCGUAUCAGAUGCGCACCAAAAACAAGGAGGAGUGUGAGGCCCACUACAUGAAGAACUUCAUCAACAACCCCCUGUUCUCCUCCACCCUGCUCAACCUCAGACAGAUAGAGGAGGCCCGUACUGCAGACACAACCAUUCCUUUCAAACGUCAGUAUACACACAACACACCUACUCCUCUGGAUUUCUCCCUCCAUAGUAGUAAGGAGAGUUUGUUUGUCACACAAGUUAUCAUAGAAUUCUGAAGCCAUACUACAACAUACAAUUUAGGCUUUAAAAUAAAAUAUACUUUUGUGUAUGACCUCGACUAACCUGUAGCCCCGCACAUUGACUCGGUACCUGUACCCCCUGUAUAUAGCCUCGUUGUUGUUAUUUUAUUGUGUUACUUUUUUAAUUUUUUUAUUUAGUAAAUAUUUUCUUAACUCUAUUUCUUGAACUGCAUUGUUGCUUAAGGGCUUGUAAGUAGGCAUUUCACCGUAAGGUCUACCUACACAUGUUUGUCAAGAGGGCCCUUUCAGAGCACUAGGUAAAAAUACUAUAUUGGUUUUCCUCCCAGCCACUGACGACCCCCCCAGGCCCACCUUUGACUCCCUGUUGUCUCGAGACAUGGCUGGAUACAUGCCUGCCAGAGCAGACUUCAUGGAGGUGAGAGGAACUAGGGCCUUAAAGCAUCCAUGCGUUUAGUAGUUCCAAUCUCACAAGCCAUAGUCAAAGACAUAGACAUUCAAUUUUUCUGUUCUUCUGCAUGUUCAAAGAACAUUUCCCCAUGUCAUAAUGAGUAUGUCCUCAUACUCCUGGCACAUUAUGAUUGGAAUCAUAGGAAGUACUUAAAGAUAACCAAGACAGAACCUUGCCACCCUGCUUUUGUAUGCAUGAAUGAAAUAUUAGUUCUCCAGAUGGCCGCCUCACUGCAGUCUUAUUGAACUCUGACUCAUCUCCUUGUACCUCUGUGAUUCUCUCCUGUUAUUUGUCAUCCGGUCUAGGAAUUUGACAACUAUGCUGAGUGGGAUCUGAAAGACAUAGAUUUUGUGGAUGACGACUCAGACAUACUACAUGGUGAGUUGAAAGUGCUAUCACUGUAUUUGAAAUGAGAGAAAAGUCAAACCCCGCUUUCAAUAGAGAUUGGUAGUGUAUGUUUAUUGUACAUGUACUGUGUUUUAAUAUCAUAAUUGCCUUGUCCGACAUAUUUGUCUGGUUCUUUCUAGCGCUGAAGGUUGCCGUUGUUGACAUAUACCAUUCAAGGUUAAAGGAGAGAGGAAGAAGAAAGAAGUAAGUUGAAAUGUUUUGCAUUUAACAAUGAAGAUGUAUUGGACUUAUUCAGCUCAAAUAUCUUAUAAUCUUUGCCCUUCAUCAUAUGUCUAUAAUACUUUGCAAAUGUUGCCACAAUAACAUUUAAUUGCUUUCCAAAAUCAAAAAUGUGAUACCUACACAAGUAACACAACACUCUACUAACACUAGCCUAUUAGGAUAAGUACUGAAGCACUGGUUCAGAAUCACCGGUUGCUAUGAAUGCUUAAAGGCUUAAACAUUACACAACUGUCAAAUUUGAGUAUUCUUUGAUGAAUUUGAGACGGUCAUGGAUUGUCACAUUCCGUCCUCUGCCCCCUUCAGUGUGUGUCAGUACUGGUCUUGGCUACGGUGGUCAUACCAUUAAUGUGGUAAUACAUCCAUCACUAAAUCAAACUUCACGAGUUGCUGCUCCCCUAACUCUGUGGAAUGGCAUGUGGGGCAGGUAUGGUAUGUUAGCUGGCCAGAGCUCCCAGGACCCUGCAUGUCUGGAUGUGUCCCAAAUGGCACCCUAUUCCCUACAUAGUGCACUACUUUUGGUGGGCCCUUGGUCAAAAGUAGUGCACUAUGUAGGGAGUAGGUUUCCAUUUGGGAUGCAAACACACACUGUUAGCCUGCCCACUGCCCCUCAAGCUGCCCCCACCCCCAGCUGGUGACAUGGCAGAGGCCCAAAGCAGUGACCCUUGACCUGCAGGCCACAGAGUUCACAGACGCAGUAGGCCUCACUGUCAGGUCCUGUUUCACAUCACAGGAAGGCCACUUGUUGCAAAGCUGUUCUAUGUCACAAUCACACCUUCAAGCUAUGUGGUUCAGGUUCAGCAGCUAUAUGGUACCAUCACUCAUUCAAUAAAUGUCAGUAUAAACCCUCUGCUCUUUUCACUCACUCUACCUACCUGAGAGUUGCCUGGUAUUUACCAAUGGACGAUAUGUUUGGCUUUGCUGUCUUAAUGUUGUGUGUCUUACAGGAUCAUCCGGGACCAUGGACUGAUCAACCUGAGGAAGUUCCAGAGUAAGUGCUCUCCUAACAGAUUAGUGCUGGGCUGUAGAACUCCCAGGAGACCAGGCGUUAAUAUAACACCCAGACUGAAUAUGCAUUAUGUAUCCAUGGUUACAUGUAAACAACUCAGUUGCAAUAAUGAUCAACAGUAACCUGUGUGACCCCGGAGGCACUGCCGGUGCUCUUAUUUACGAUGGAAGCUGAGACUAGCCCAGUGUGCCAGAGUGCCGCAGCAUAAUUAUUGCUCCACUAUGAAUAGAUGCCUAUGAAAUGAACACUGCAGGUCUAAUGACCAACUGUAUUGGAGCUUUAUGAGCUCUUAUUGAUCCCCUCUCCAUGGGCAGCGUUUCGUUUAGCUUGGUAAUAUAAUCCAUUUUCAUGUCAAGCUUUUUAUUCAUGGGAGAUGGGAAGACAAGACACUCCCUGAAUAGAUUUAUCCAAUCAGUUCCUCUUUUUCCUUUACCGCCCAGUGCAGUGCUAUUUCCAGGUGAUGCCCUGUGAAAUUGGCUGUGGUUUUAGGGGUGGAAGAGGAUACCCUUAUGUUUUAUUUAUUAUUUACCAGCCUCCAGUCACCACUGCCCUCCUCCUCCCCCUCUCUCCUCUAAUCUCUCUAGUCUUUCAAGACAAAAGAGAACCCAGAGUUGCCGUGGAGCUGCAGCCUGGUUGUCAUGGAGACUGUCAAAGUGUGUGUGUGUGUGUGUGUGUUUGUGUCACACAGUAAUGGAAGCCGUGUCCAAGCCUGGGUGACUCACAGUGUCGUGCCUGGGCUGAUCAUGCUGUUGCUCCAGGCAGUUUGACCAACAGUCUCACUCUCCUUAUAGGCAUCAGUACCUCAGGACCACCAACCCAGCCCAUUCCUGUUAUGGAAUGUUUCAAAUCUUUGACUUUGCUCAGCAGGACAUUGACUCUACCUGUGUGUGUUUUGCUGCUAUCUACACGUUCCUAUCACUGUACAGCCUCCAAAUCAAUGAGGAACUCAGCUGCCAGUUUGCAGACAGACACAGAUGUGCAGGCCGCCAGCCUUGAGCUGCUGUCAUACUACCCCACAUUCACUGUGUACAGAAUAUAGAUCUAUCCAAGCAAUCACAAUGUCUGCAAAGCCACCAGUCCACUCAAUAUAUACCUUGGGUAUACAGGUAGAUUAUUAUGGCAUAAAGUAUGAAGUGGCUUUGACUAAAUAGGGAAUAUCCUGCCAUUUGGGACGCAAACAUAGUGGCAAUGAUUUGAAAGGAGAGCAGCACCGGCCCUUGAGGAGGGGUGAGUAGGGUGGUACGGGGUGAAAUGUCCAUCGGGGGAGCUUAUACACCAUUCACGGCCACGGCAGGGUAUCUCACUGAUGCAAGGGGAUCACUCAAUGUGUGAUGUCUGGACAUUUCCUCCUCUGGUGUUCCUGAAAAGCCUCUAAUUUAACAAGAUUGAAUGUGAUACAGAUCUCCAAUACAGAUCACUGCUGUCAUAUUCUCUACAACAGGGCAGCCCAACCCUCUUCCUGGAGAUCUACUGGGUUUCCAGUCCAACCCUAAUUUACCACACCUCAUUCUACUUAUUAGCUGCUCACCAAGACCUUAACUAGCUGAAUGUAAGGUUGGGGUUAGACUGAACCUACAGGAUGGUAGAUCUCCAGGAAGAGAGUUGGGCAGUCCUGCUUUACGAUAACAGCUACGUCUCAUGACCAUUGUGUUUUUGUCUUCCAGUCCUGGAGCGUCGCUACCCUAAGGAGGUACAGGAUCUGUAUGAUGCUAUGAGACGUUUCGCCAGGGUGGUGGGCUCCACCGAACACGACAAGUUCAUAGAGAGUCAUGCAUGUGAGGAUGACAUUAUUAUAUUGUACAUGCACACACAGUAGACAUUUGAUGUUAACACCAAUAUAAUUGUUUCUUACAACCCCUCUCCCUUUGGUCUACACAGGGAGCAGACACACAUCCUGUGAUUCCCCUGUGUUUAAUAUUGUGGGUAACACUAAGCUCAUCGUCGUGGUAAUGAACCUGUCAGAUUAUCUCCUGUCCUUAAGCAGCAGCAGACUCCCAACGGCUGGCCUGCUGGAGGUCACAUGACUGGAUGUGUGAACUCCCUGUGAGUGAGAGGCGUGUGUCUGUGGCUGAGACACCAUCUCCUUCUGAUUAAAGGGCUGUGGCGCUACUCCUUUGUUGUGUCAGAGAGAGCAGUAGUAGAGGUAGAGGCCCUGCCUGGGCUACAACUCUGAUCUGAUGUUCAGCUCUGAUGUUGGGAAGCACAGAUCUGAGGGGUAAAGAGUUCAGCUUUCUCUGUCUGAGGGGUAAAGGGUUUGUCUCCCUCUCUGUUCGUCCGCCUGCCUGCCUGUCUGCAGUAGAGACCGGUGAGGUGAGUGUGGACAGGCCUCUCUGACCUCAUGUCCUCCUUGUCUUUCAGUGGAGUUUGAGCUGAGGAGAGAGAUCGGCAGGCUGCAGGAGUACAGGAGAGCAGGGAUCCAGUCCUUCUGCAGUGAGUCCAGUCUACCCAUCUAACCCUGUCACCCCUACUGCCAGACAGUCCCCCUCAGAUGUUGUGUCCCAAAUUGCACCCUAUUCCCUAUUUAGUGCACUACUUUUGACCAGGGCCCCAUACAGCUCUGGUCAAAAGUAGUACACUUUGUAUGAAAAGGGUGCAUUUUGGGACAGAGCCGGAGCCUCAUUAGUAACUCCCUUGUGUCAGCCAGGACCCAGGGCUGACUGACUGCACCAGUAACCCCCUCCGCUCCUCUGUGCCCCCCUGCAGGUGCCAAGGUGUAUGAGCGUGUGAAGCACGUGCGGGAGGAUGAGCGGAGGAAGAGGACCAUGCUAGUUGAUGUGCUGCAGUACAUUCAGGACGGACGGGCCUGCCAGCAGUGGCUCAGCAAACAGGCUGCCAUGUGAGCCCCGUCCUCUUAACCUUUAGUCCAAUGUUCCACAAUCAAUUCCUCUGGACCCCGUGGUUGUACAUUCAUGUUCAAGUCAAACACUAGCCCACCUGAUUGCACUAAUCAAGGGCUUGAUGGGCUGGGCUAUAAUUUAGAUACCACCCACCAGUUUAUUACUAACUGCAACAAGCAGUUCAUGAUUGUUUAUUUUUUUUAUGUAGAGCUGUUCUUGUUUUGUUAUUUAUCUUAAGCCCAGCUCUUGGGGGUUCUCCAAGUUCUGAUAAUUAUUCUUCAUUUAAAAAAAAAGAACUGCUAGUGUGUGAUUCACUCUCUCUGUGGACGAGGAUCCGGAUUGUGAGAAGUGUGGUGUGUGUGUGUGCACUGCUUGUAGUGACACUAUUCUCUCUCUUCACAGUGACGCAGGUAUCACUCCUGUUGUCACCACCAUAACAACAUCAGGUAAGGGGUCUCUUCCUCUCCCUCCCUUUGCGUUCUCUCUUCUUGUCAUGGCCCCAGGUGGAGUCACGUUAAUGUAUUCUCAGAGACGCUCAUUCAGAAAUACGCUCGACAAACAGGACCGCUAUGCAUAUCUGUCUCUAGCUUUAUCUUCCCCGUUUCCGUUGUUAUUCAGUAACCUCUAGUGCACAAGUAGGACACAUCUAUGUACACUCAGUCAUUUCCACACAGCUAUAUUUACACUAAUUUGCCUAUUGUAAAUAUUUAUCUUUAUUUUCCAACAAAAUGGAUUAACUGGAUUUCAUCAACCUGUCAGUUUGUCAUUUAAAACAGAGAACAGUCAGGUUUUUACAUCUGUUUAAAUGUGUGUGAUUGAUUGUUCCACAGCAACAGGCAGGAGAAGCGCCCCUCCUCUCAACCUGACUGGCCUGCCAGGGACAGAGAAGCUCAACGACAGGGAAAAAGAGGUACAUAUAGAAUUACAUCUAAAAUCCAUUCUAUUACAUAUGAAUUCUAGGAUCUCUAUGGAUGUAAGGCUCUUAGCCCCACCAGGGCAGUACAUGAAGGGUUAAACAGUUCGUGUGCAUCCCAAAUGGUACCUUAUUCCCUACAUAGUGCACUACGUUUGACCAGAAUGGUACCCUAUUUCCUACAUAGUGCACUACGUUUGACCAAGUCAAAAGUAAUACACUCUAUGGCUGGGCUCUCCAACCCUAUUUCUGGAGAGCUACCCUCCUGUAGGUUUUCACUCCAACCCCAGUUGUAACUAACCUGAUUCAUCUUAUCAGCCAGCUAGAUUAGGGUUGGCACAAAAAUCCACAUUACAUUAGCUCUCCAGGAACAGGGUUGGAGAGCCAUGCUCUAUGGGGAAUACAGUGGCAUUUGGGACGCAGUCAUAAACAGUGGGUUGGGGUCAUGGUGACUGGCAUUGUGUUGAUGUAACAUGGCAUCUCUCUCUCUCUCUCUCUCUCUCUCUCUGUGUCCUGUGGCUGUCUGCAGUUGUGCCAGGUGGUGCGUCUGGUGCCAGGUGCCUACCUGGAGUACAAGCAGGCCCUGCUGAACGAGUGCAGGCGGCAGGGUGGUCUACGGCUGGCACAGGCCCGGGCACUCAUCAAGAUCGACGUCAACAAGACACGCAAGAUCUACGACUUCCUGAUCAAGGAGGGCUACAUCAACAAGGCCUAGCUCAGCCUGGGACAUAGGAUGUGUCCUAAAUGGCACCCUAUUCCCUAUAUAGUGCACUACUUUUGACCAGAGCCGGGUGCAAUUUGGGACACAUCCAGAGUCAGGACUGUUCCAGCAGGGAUCAUGGCUGGACUGGACACUAACUAAUACAUUUUAUACUCAUGUUGUCUUGGUGAAAUGAUGUUGUCACGUGCUGUGAGACCUAAGUUUCAAUGGCCCUCCUUUGUUUGAAUGUUUGUUUUUCUAUCGUGUCUCUAAAUUUGUCAUCAACUUCAGGUUCUACAUUUUGCAUCAGUCUUGCCUUGUAUAUGUUCUAACUUCUAACCAAACAGACAUACCUUCCUAUUUGUACAGUACUUUGUCAGUGACACAGGAGCAGAUAAGAAAAUGACUAUUUAUUUAUCCUGUUAUAAAAUGGUUUAUGUAAAAAGUAUUACAGUAUAUGGUGUAGUAUUUUACUUAUUCUGAAUGUGUAAUAGCACAGUUACCUGUUAUUCAUGUUAUUACAUGAUAACCAACUUUCCAUCAUAGCAUCAGUGCUGAGUUGCUCUAUCAAAGCAGGUUCUGUUAGUGACACCUCUCCCAGACUCCCAGUUUGACAAUGGGCUCCAUCUCUGAUUCGAUUCCUUCUCUGCCAGUGGAGUGGGUCUGGGGUCGUAUACAUAAAGUGUUUCAGAAUAGGAGUGCUUAUCAAGGAUUAGAUCACCCCCAUCCAUGUAAUCUUAUUCUUUAAGAUGUAUAAGGCAAAACUGAUCCUUGAAUCAGCACUCUUACUUUGAGAUGCUAUAUGAAUACAAGCCCAGGUGUGACAAGGGAGAGAUGUAACUAAUGCUAACUACCACAUAGACCCAGUCAGCCAGCCCAGUGGCCUCUCCUUCCUCUCUCUCUACUCUGAUGGCAUUAUCAGAGCAGCGGCGUCACAUCAGCCAGCGCUAAUAGUCUGAUUACUGCUCCAGAUCCCCCUUUGAUGAUAAGGAGGAGGCUGCUUCCUGAAAUGGAGGCCUUGGGCCUGGAAAUGUGCUCAGCUUACAGGGAUGAAGAAGCCAAAAAGUCUGUUUCGCAGCCUAUUGUUAUUUCUCUUGUGGGAGUUUGAAAAAAGGUGUCAGCAUUUAAUUCACUUUCUUUCCGCCGCAGGGCAUGUUGGUG